UAAGAUGAGCUAUUUUUCAGGGUUCAGUUUCGGAACUUGUUGCCGCCGAGGUCGAGGCGAAGCGCAAGUCAUUUUGCGGGGAGAGGAAUGGGUGUGGUAGCAAGAAAAGGUAUGCUAGUGUACAAGAUUUACAGGGCGUUAAGCUACGUUGUAUCACCGCUACUGCAACUUCACCUACGUUGGCGAAAGAUCCGAGGUCUCGAGCACCCAACCCGUUUGCCUGAGCGUUUGGGACGGCCUUCCCUGACUCGACCUCCUGGCCCGCUCCUUUGGUUCCACGCUGUUUCUUUAGGUGAAGGAAUGGCUGCGAUUCCGGUGAUUAAAGAAUGCGUUAAGUGGAGGCCUGAUUUGAACAUUUUGUUGACAACAACCACCAUGUCUGCUUUUGAAGUUAUAAUUAAUCAGCUUCCAACCGGUGUCCUACAUCAGUUUUCUCCAAUCGAUACCCCUGCUGCCAUGGAUGCUUUCCUGGACUAUUGGAACCCAAAUGCAAUCAUGUUACUAGAGAGUGAACUAUGGCCAAAUCUUAUCAUGGCUUCUUCGAGAAAGGGUAUUCUACUGGCCUUAUUAAAUGCUCGAGUUUCUAUGAAAUCCUUCAAAUUAUGGUCGUCUCCUGUGCUUUUUCCACUCAUUUCGUUAUUGCUUUCCAAGUUCUCCUUGAUUAUCCCACUGAGUUCUAUGCAGGCAAUCCAUUUCCAGCUUUUGCAGGCCCCACCUUUUAUCAUCAACUUUGCUGGUGACUUGAAAUAUGUGGUAGAAUAUGAUGCUUCUAAGGAAGAGUUCAGAAGCAUUGAUGAUCUGAAGGUACAGCUUGGGCACAGGAAAGUUUGGAUGGCUUCUUCCAUUCAUAGGGGAGAAGAAGAAGUUAUGCUAGGAGUUCACAAAGUGCUCAAGCAAGUGUAUCCUGAUCUGGUCACUAUUAUUGUACCUCGUUAUCCACAACAUGGAAAAGAUAUAGCACAAAAAUUGCAGAAAGAAGGGCAGCAUGUUGCUUUGAGGUCUCAACAUCAAAGGAUCGUACCAGGAAGAAACAUAUAUGUGGUGGACACAUUAGGUGAGUUGAGACACUUGUAUAGGCUAACUCCAAUAGCUGUCAUAGGAGGUUCCUUCUUCCCGGGAUUAGCUGGCCAUAACAUAUCAGAAGCUGCAGCAGCUGGCUGUGCUGUUUUGACCGGUUAUCAUGUUGGGCAUUUCUCACAUAUGUUACGGGAAAUGCAACGAUUAAAUCCCUUAUCAGUUCUGCAGGUAGCUGGAAAAUUAGAGCUUGAAGAAGCUAUUUUGAAGUUCUUUAGUGAUGGCAAAGUGCUAGAAGCACGACAAACAGCUUCAAAGCAAGCAUUUCAUGCUCUGUCUAAUGAAACAGAUAACAGGUAGCAUAUACAAGUUGUUAUAUGAUAGAUCAACAGGUAUAAAAAUCAGCCCUCAUCUUUUCUUAUAUUCGGCAUGUUUCUCCUGUUUUCCUUGAAUUUCAUGCACUUAUUGCACUUUCCUGUUUCUCUUGUUGUAUAUCAUUAACCAGCUUCUGUUUUGGAGGCAAGCUUGCAUGUAACUUCUCUCUCUGGAGAAGCAAGAGCUGAGUAAUUUGUGAAUGUUUUUACUGGGUGUUUUCAUAUUAUUGAAUCUUGAGGUUGCUGUUUAACUCCUACCUCAACUUAGAUGUUGCGCUGCAACCAAAACUAAAUUAGCCUAUGCUGCGAAUUUUCAAUUCUGGAGCUCAAAGCACACUGCUGGUUCUUGGUUGAAAGAUAGGGGAUUGCAUAUGAUAAUCGGAUUUUUUGGUGUUAGUCUCAAUUAUCUUUUCGACUAUGCAAAUCUCUUAUGGUACAUGCUGGUUGGGCAGGCUCGUGGGAGUCAGGACGGAGUGUAUGGUGUCCCACUCCUAUCAACUUUUUUCACUUGAUUUCCUGGAUCCCAAAUAAUGUUAUGCAUAUGAGAGUUUCUUGCCAGUGUAAAAAAUAAACAUGAGAGCGAUGACAAAAGCUUCUUACUAGAGAGACAUUAGUGAACGUUAUCUUAACAGACUUGCAGGGUGCUUGUUACGUUGGCUCGGUCUUCGCUGACGACCAAUCAAAUUACUUGCGCUGCUAUAUAUCGCAUUAUACAUCAUCAAUAAUGGGCACUGUAUGCCUGUCGCAUUCCCUUCUGGCUUUUCAGUUGACGGGUGUUUUUUGCA